CUCAGGCAGUAUCUCCUAUCGUUUGGCGUUGUUCUGGAGUGUGUCUGGAGGGGGGACAGCAGCACUGGAUAGUCACCCAGCGGAUGAAAAGCAUGGCGGUGCAAAUGAUGCCACGUCUCCCUUUUUCUUUACGGAACCCUUUGGACUAGCCAGACGGCAUUCUACAUGAGAAAGCUUCAAGGAGAGAUGGACCACUUCCUCAGGAAACACUUUGCUUUCCUUGCCAGCUUUUGGAACAAGUUUCUACCCAAUGGCGUUCCAAAUAACCAUUCCCUGGAUUUCUUGGAGCAGGACCUAGGGUCCUUAAACCCCACGUUGGAUCCUAAGGAUCCCGGGCCCAGUUCUUCCCUUUUUGGUGUGUUGUACGACUUCACUGCCAGGAAUGCAGAUGAGCUGAGUGUCAACAGGGGAGACAAGCUCUGCGUCCUCAAAGAAGAGGGAGAAUAUGUUUUGGCAAGGCGGCUUUCUGGAGACCCGGUGGUAGGCUACGUCCCUGCAAAUUAUGUCAGCAAAAUUGGCCAAGAACCUGUUGCUCAGCCGGUCUGGUACAUAAGCGGGAUCAGCAGAAACAAAGCCCAGAUUCUCCUCCUCUCGUCCCCGAAUCGGCACGGCUCCUUCCUCAUCCGGGACAGCGAGAGUAACAAAGGGGAAUACUCUCUGUCAGUUCGGAACCAUGCCAAAGUCAGACACUUCAGAAUCUACAAGGACCCUGGAGGAAGUUUGUACUUGGAAAAAGAACACAUGUUUUCCAACCUGGAGCAGCUCUUGGCUUACUACACAGUCAACUGGAAAGUCAUUCAAAGCCCAUUGCUCCAGCCCUGCAUCCAAAAGAGAUCUUCCGAGGCGGACCAAUGGGAGCGUCCCCGUUCCGAAUUCAAGCUGUGGAGGAAGAUGGGAGAAGGAUGCUUUGGAGAGGUGUGGGAAGGAAUGUGGAAGAACACAGUGCCAGUGGCCAUCAAAAUCAUGAAACAAGUAAACAUGAGAGAUGACUUUGCCAAAGAGAUCCAGAACUUGAAAAGCUUGAAACACACGCGGCUCAUCAAACUCCUUGCGAUCUGUUCGGUCGGAGAACCUGUCUACAUCGUCACGGAGCUGAUGAGGAAGGGCAAUUUGCACAGCUACCUCAACAGUAUAGCAGGGAAGGAACUCACUAAGCAUCACCUGCUCAGCAUCUCUUGCCAGGUAGCUGAUGGGAUGACGUACCUGGAAGAGCAGCACGUAGUUCACAGAGAUUUGGCAGCCAGAAACAUUCUGGUGGGAGAUGAUCUCGCUUGCAAAAUCGCCGAUUUCGGCCUUGCUAGACUCCUCAAGGAUGACAUUUAUUCCACCAGCGGCAAUGCCAUGAUCCCUGUGAAAUGGACGGCCCCAGAAGCGGCCGUUUACCAGACCUACUCCCUCAAAUCAGAUGUUUGGUCCUAUGGGAUUCUUCUCUAUGAAGUUUUUACAUAUGGGCAAAACCCCUACGAAGGGAUGACCAAUCAAGAAACUAUCCAGCAGAUAACUCGGGGCUACCGUCUCCCUCGGCCUAAUAACUGCUAUCCCGAAAUAUACAGCAUCAUGCUAGACUGCUGGAAGGCCAACCCGGAAGACAGACCAACUUUUCUUAUCUUGAGGGAGCAGCUCUUCUCUAUUUAUAAAUGGGCCCCUCACCCAUUCUCUUGAAGAGAGAAUGUCACCUGCGGCAUUGAUUAUGGACAGUCAGUCCUGAAUCCUCAACCGGAUUAAUAGGAACUGCUAAAGAUACACAGCCUAAGCCCGCCUUGGGCCAAAAAUAUAUUUACACAUUUGAAGUUGGAAUAUAUGAAGGCCUUCUUCUUGGGAAGUACAAAGAUAAGCCCCGCUCGGCUUUCCUGGAUGUGUCCACCAGAAGAUAAUUUGCUGUUGAUACUUAUAGUUAAGCUGUCAUUGUGAAAGGAAGCAGAAGACGGAAUGUUCUCGUGGAAGCUAUGGACUAAUUUAUUCGCUACGUACUGAGGUUGAUUUGCAUUAUUCAAUAAAUGUGUGCA